AUGUCGCAGUCCGACAAGCCCUUGGUACCGCAGCCACGCCGUUCAGGCUGCGGUCUCUUCUGCUGCGCCUUGCCAGUGCUCCUGCUGGCACUGUCCGCCCGGCUCGCCGGCCUUUUCCUGGACGUGGAAGAUGUGUAUGAGAAGGGCUUCGCCUUGUACAACAUCCUGACGCUCCCGCAGCAGGCCUACGAAGAGUUCCUGCAGAGCUAUGACGUGUACGACUAUGCCAGCGACAAGGAGCUGGAAGAUGCCUAUGGCGAGGAUUGGAGAAAUGUGGAAAUGCGGAAGCACAAGCACACCUACACAGUGAUCCAAUACUACUGCGCCCUGGUCUCCUGUCAGAAGAUGUAUGUGGCCCCGCUGUUCAACACCAUGAAGGGCAACGAAGAGAACCAGGUGAUUUACGAGUACCAGCUGGCGCGCUGGCUGAAGGGCGACUGGGACGACCAACCGUUUAACGGCGGCGCCCGGCGUGCCGCGGAUGCCGUGGUGCCGAAAAAGACCAAACGAGUCUUGGAGGUGGGCUGCGGUCAGGGACGGAUUCUGCAGGAGUUGGGUCGUUUCCUCGGAGCAGAUUGGGAGCUCAUGGGAAUGAAUUUGGAUGGAAACCAAUUGCGACACGCCAAAGAGAGGCCAGUGGAGGUGAGGAUGAGGGACAUGAACCACAUGCCUUACGAUUGGAUCGCCAACGCGUCGGUGGAUGGCGCUUAUAACUUGGGCGCUGUGACCUUCCAGCGCGACCUGGAGGAACAUGCGCAGGAAAUGGCCCGGAUCCUGACACCAGGAUCUCGCUUCGUGGUUGCCUGUGACUGGACGAAUUUUGAUGAUGAGAAGGGCUUGAACUUGCAGGACCCUGAGCAUCGGCGACUGUGGAGCGGCGCACGACGCUUGGGGGCGGCAGGGCGCUACUGCUACUCAGAGAAGGAGUAUGUGGCCGCCUUUGCCAAGCAUAACUUCAAACACGUACAUAGCGAAGUGUAUGGAGCACGCUACGUGCAGGCUUUGCACGACAUGGACACGGUCCGAAGAUUGGCCGCGGAGUGGAUGAAGACAGUGGCCAAAGUGGACAUCUUCGGGGCCUUGGAUCAGGCCUUGACGAUGAUGCAACGCUUCGGCACGGACACCGAGAGUGCUUUGGAGGCGCAUGAUCGCCGACUCUUCACUUACUGUGCCAGUCAUGUUUUUGAGCUGCAACGCUAG